AUGACGGACCAAGAUAGCACCGAAGCUCAUCGGCCUAAUGAGGUCAAUGGCCUCAAUCCGACAGUCGAUGUGAAUGGCUCCGCGGCGCAUCCCCAUGACAUAGACACCGAUGUCCUGGUGGUGGGAGCUGGAGUCACGGGCCUUACACUGGCAGGUUUGCUGGCGGGCGCCGGGGUACGAGCAUUCACAGUGGCAAAGCACCGGGGCACAGCACCGUCGCCACGGGCGCAUGUCACGAAUCAACGCACCAUGGAGGUCUUCCGCAGUAUGGGGAUCGAGGAACAAGUACGGGCAGUGUCAACGCCUCUGCCACAGUUGGGCAAUGGAGUCAUCUGCACCAGCCUCACGGGCAUGGAGAUAGGACGCUAUAGCUGUUACGGCGCCGGCCCCCAUCAGCUCACCGAUUUCGCGCUGGCCAGCCCAUGUGAAAUGAUCAACUCGCCGCAACAUGUGUUGGAGCAGGUCCUUCUGGCGCACGCCCGGGACCAGGGAGCCUCGAUCCGCUACUCGAACGAGCUGGUCGAGAUCGAACAGACGUCCGAAGGGGUGGUUGCCCGGAUCCGAGAGCGACAGUCGCAAGCAGAGUAUAUGGUCCGGGCUCGCUACGCCGUUGGAGCCGACGGAGGCCGGUCCACCGUGGCCCAGCAGAUUGGAUUUGGCUUCAAAGGCGAGCCGGGACUCAUGCACAUGCUGACCUCGUGGUUGGAAGCCGACGUGACGCAGUAUACUGCGUACCGGCCUGCGUGCAUCUACAUGAUGGCCCAGCCGGGAAAUGCCUUCUGGGUGGGUUCGGGGACGCUGAUCGCGGUCCGUCCGUUCCAGGAGUGGCUCCUGAACCGCCAGUACAACCCGGCGGACGGGGAGCCGGAUGCCUCUGACGAAGCAGUGGUGUCGUACGCGCGGACGGCGUUGGGGAUUCCGGACCUGCCGAUCCGCGUCAAAGACAGCAGCAAGUGGCAGGUGAACAAUGUCGUGGCCACGGAAUAUCGGCGUGGACGCAUCUUUCUGGCGGGCGAUGCGGCCCAUCGCCAUCCGCCGGCCAGUGGGCUCGGCAGCAAUACAUGCGUCCAAGAUGCUCACAACAUCUUCUGGAAACUCGGGUUGGUCUUGUCCGGCCGCGCCGGGGAUCGUCUCCUCGACAGCUAUCACCAGGAACGCCAGCCGAUAGGCGACCAGGUCGUCAGCCACGCCAUCCAGACCCUGCACAACUUUGCCCGCAUCCCUCAGGUCCUUGGCUUCCGGCACGGCCAGUCGCCCCAAGACGGCUUUGCGUCCUUGCAAGACCUGUUUUCCGAUCUCCCCGGCGCAGACCGGCGCCGCGACGAAUUGAAAGAGGUCAUCGACCUCCAGAACCGCCGUUCAAACGCCCUCGGUGUCCAACUGGGCCACCGAUACAAGAACUCGUGUGCGCUGGUGGACGACCAAACCCCAUUUCCCGCACCCACCCGUGAUCCCGUCCUCUAUUACCAGCCCACAACGCACCCGGGAGGAUAUCUGCCCCAUGCCUGGGUCGAGCGCCAUCAUCGACAGAUCUCCACGCUGGACAUUCUAGAACACGGCCGGUUCGGCCUCAUCGUCGGGAUCGGAGGCCAACCAUUCGUGGAAGCUGCAGCAAAGGUGGGCGACGAUCUAGGUGUGCCCUUGUCGGUGUACCCCGUGGGAUACCGCUGUCUUUACGAUGAUGUGCUCGGGCAAUGGAGCAGUGUCCGCGAAAUCACGGACCGGGGUGCUCUUCUGGUCCGCCCUGACCGUCAUAUUGCAUGGCGCUGCCUCGAUCGCCCGGCAGAUCCCACUCAGGCCUUAGGCUCUGCACUGAGCCGGGUCCUUGCGCUCGAUAGUCUCAAACCAACGUUUUGA